UUUUUUCUUACAUGGUGGCGGAAAGCAUGUGCAGCUCUGAGCAAUAAGAAAGAAAACUAUUCAAAGGAAUUCUCAACUCUACCAAUACAAGGCGAACUGUUAAUUACAAAAAUCGGAUUUUAUUUAUUCAUAAACAACGAAUAUGUGUUAUAUUCUCUAACAGAGCCGCCUCUUUGGAGUCGAGACGGUGGCGGCUCACUGUUUUGGCACUGACAGAUUGUCAUUUCAGGGUGUAAAGUGCUUCUCUAAGAGCAACCUUCCAUAUUGUAGAGACUGUAUGUAGAGGGAGUGACAGAAGACUUUUUCUGAAGAAUCCAAAACAGAGAAUAUUCUGUUAUUUCUUCCACGCCUUGGGGUGGCAGUUGGAGUAGUUUGGUCGUAUUGACACGAGGGGGGCAACAAACAACACUGAAUUAUUACUAUUAUUUACGUAUUAAGUGCAGUUGUUGGUGGCGGCGCAUGGCAUUCAACUGAACCGAUUGCUACAUUUCAAAAGAGGGCGGAGAGAAGGCGAUCCUGGCGCUGUCUUUCAUGGCUAGCUAGUGUUUUUUUUUUUUUAUUAUUGUUUUAACUAACACAUAAAACCACUCAAUUUGUUGCGAAAGUACUGUCAAACGAGUCGAUUAAAAGUGGUAGGGCAACACAACGCAGAGCUGAAGUUAAGUGGAGGACCGGGUUGACCGGAGCUGCUUUUUGGAUUCGGUUGUGUUUUGUGAGUUCUAAGCUGCGAGCUCCGGCUGGUUGUUUAUUCCUGAAAUAAGCAAGGCACGUAUUAAUAGAUCCAUACAAACUCCCGUCUCCUGGCGCUGCUCCAAAUAUCGUUUAACGUCACUGAUAUAGACUGUUGGUGUCCUGGCGCGUAACAACCCGUGUGCAUUCAUAAGUAAAUAAUCCAUUCAGCUCAUGUAUUGUAGUGGAAGCUGAAAGGGGAUAGGCCACGUCAGUUUCACGAACAGCAAACCACAUGCUUUUCUGUUUACUCUGCUGGUUCACUAGGGGCAGCAGCUAGCUAGGUGGUGGUUGCCGUGUGUCAGCUUCGUUAUGUUUGUUUUUUUUAAAUGAGAAAAAGACGUUAUCGGGGAGGUCAACAGCUUUUGAUUUCUUUUGAAAAAUACAUUUAAAAAACUUUUGAACUAAAUAAAAGUCUUGACAUUCCCGAAGGCUUAAUGCUGCUCCAGUCCUGCUAUGUUUACAGCCUGAGUUAACUCCGAUUUAUUUUAAUAUAGCCAGGGAAUUAGAAACGCAAAGGCUGUAGAAAUAUUUUGAAUCUACUUUUUUUUUUUUUAAAGCACGAUUUACGGGAUGUCCACAGAAGUUGAGUCUUCUGUUUUGCAAUCCUCCGAUCAUGUUGAUGAGAUGACUGCUGACUCUUCCGGCGGCGAUAGCAACCGCAACAAACCUGAGAUAGGUCAACUGAAGAUUGGGGACAAAGUUAGACAACGCCUGCAACAGACACAUGGAGAAAUACAGACUGAUAAGAAAAGUGACACUGGGAACCAGCAACGGGAGGUUGUGGAAACCCAGAUAGAUAUCGUAAAUAAAGAACAGGUAAACAAUAACAAGGGGAAUGCUCCUGGCAACAGCAAUCAAGAUAUGGAGAAACCAAAGAAAACAACUACUGAAGCUCCCCUACCUAAAGUAAACCCUUGGACUAAGAAGAAAAAUAUGUCUCUAACUAAUAACACUAUCAAUGUAAAUGCCCAGGAAUCAGAGCAACAGAGUUCAACCAAAGUUAUACGGGCAGGAAAGCCUAAAACAAAGAAACCUAAUAAGGCAAGUGACUUCAGUGAUAUCACAAACUGGCCCACACCUGGUGAAAUAGCAAACAAAGAGCACCAGAACAUCAUCAAUACCCAAACCAAGAAGACUUCUCCCAACCAGAACGAGAAGAAGAAGGAGAACAACAGUGAGAGCAAAGAGAACGGCGAGGCCAGGAAGGAGUUCAAAGAGGACCCGACCAGCGAUGAGGACUCGCAGUCGGCCGCCAUGAAGAGGAAAGGAAAAGAAGUGGAACAAGUAAACCAGGAUAACAUUUGCAUAGACAAUUUAAUUAAGCCAAUAAAUAAAGCCAAUAAAGGUAACAAACAUAAAUGGGUACCACUACACCUAGAAGACUCGAGUCAGGACGACCAGGAGAGACCCAGCUCCCGAAACAACUCUCGCUCUCGCUCCGAAUCCAGCAGGUCGCUGCACAAUAACAGAAGAUAUGAUUAUUCAAGGAGCUGGCGCCGGGAUCGCAGAGAUGACCUGGACGAGGUGUCUAGUGUGCGAAGUGAAGGAGCCAAUGUGAGGGGAGGCUACCGGGGGAGAGGCAGGGGGCGUGGCAGAGGGAGAGGGCGCGGCAGGGGCAACCCUCACAUCCAUUAUGACCACUCAUACGGAUACAUGGAUCCCUACGCAAAAGGCCCUGACACACGGUACCAGACAGAGUACAGCACCAGUAUGAUGUAUUACUACGACGAUGGCACAGGAGUGCAGAUGUACACAGUGGAGGAAACCCUACUGAAAGAAUAUAUAAAAAGGCAAAUUGAGUACUACUUCAGCCCAGAAAACCUUGAAAGGGACUUUUUCUUGAGAAGAAAGAUGGAUGAUGAUGGAUUCCUGCCGAUUUCCUUGGUAGCCAGCUUCCACAGGGUGCAGGCUCUCACGACAGACAUCAAUCUCAUCUUCAAGGCUCUGAAAGACAGCACUGAGGUGGAGAUUAUAGACCAGAAGAUCCGAAGGAAAGUGAAUCCUGAGCUCUGGCCUAUACCAGGCCCUGCUCUGCUGGAUGCCCCCCGAACUGACUUCUCCCAGCUAAUCAACUGCCCGGAGUUUAUACCAGGACAGGCCUUCACCACGCAAGCCACAGAGUCUGCACCCAGCUCUCCAAGAGUGAGCACAGCCAGUCCAAAGAAGAAUCUGGAACCCAGUAACCUGCAGACCUUGUCUAAAGGGCUGUCCACAAGUCUACCCGACCUGGAGUCUGAGCCCUGGAUAGAAGUGAAGAAACGGCACCGCCCUUCUCCAGCCAAACCAAAGGACAUUGAUAAUGAUAUGCCCAAUAGUAACCUCACCUCCCCUAAGGUCAACUUGGAAUCCCUCCUUACUACAGAAAGCGCAGAGCCCCAGCCUGACCCGAGCCCCAAGCUGAAGCAGACACCCCCACAGCAGGCAGAGCAGGAGGAACUGGAUUUCAUGUUUGACGAGGAGAUGGAGCAGAUCGCUGGCCGCAAAAACACCUUCACCAACUGGUCCGACGACGACUCGGACAACGAGAUCGACGACCAUGAUGUCAACAAGAUCCUGAUCGUCACGCAGACCCCGCCCCACCUGCGCAAACACCCUGGGGGGGACCGCACUGGCAACCACGUCUCGCGGGCCAAAAUCACCUGCGACCUGGCCAAGGCCAUCAACGACGGCUUGUAUUACUACGAGCAGGACCUGUGGACGGAUGAAAUCGACACUGAAUAUGCCACCAUAAAACAGGAGGUGGAGAACUUCAAGAAGCUGAAUCUGAUCAGCAAAGAGCAGUUUGACAAUCUGGCUCCUGAACCUCCAGUCGAUCCUGCCCAGGAAGUCCUGCCUGGCUCUCCCAGUCGACAGCAAGGUUUCACAGAAGAGCUUGCCAACAAGCUGUUUGGAGCUCCAGAGCCACCAGUGUCCAACAUCGCCCGGUCAUUGCCAACAACUGUACCAGAGUCUCCCAUAGUGUACCCACCCAGAACCCCCAAAACGCCCCGCACGCCCCGGCUGCAGGACCCCACCAAAACACCAAGGUUCUACCCCGUCGUGAAAGAGGGGGGCCACAUCGAUGGAAAGACCCCAAGAAAGAGGAAGACUCGUCACAGCUCGAACCCACCCCUGGAGUGCCACGUGGGCUGGGUCAUGGACUCCAAAGAGCACAGGCCGCGCACGUCCUCUGUCAGCAGUUCCAAUGCCUCACCGUCAGAAGGCACUGUGCUGGUUGGCAGUUAUGGCUGCACGCCCCACUCUCUGCCCAAGUUCCAACAUCCUUCACAUGAGCUUCUCAGAGAGAAUGGCUUCACACAACAAGUCUACCACAAAUACCGCAGAAGGUGCCUAAAUGAGAGAAAACGGCUGGGAAUUGGACAGUCUCAAGAAAUGAAUACCUUGUUCAGGUUUUGGUCUUUCUUCCUCAGAGAUAAUUUUAACAGGAAAAUGUAUGAGGAGUUUAAACAGUCGUCUUUGGAAGAUGCAAAGGAAAACAACAGGUAUGGUCUGGAGUGUCUCUUCCGCUUCUACAGCUAUGGUUUGGAAAAGAGAUUCAGGCCCGAUAUCUUUAAGGAUUUCCAGGAAGAAACACUUAGAGACUAUGAAACUGGACAACUGUAUGGACUAGAGAAAUUCUGGGCGUUCCUAAAAUACUCUCAAGCCAAAAACCAGCCCAUCGACUCCAGGCUGCAGGAACACCUGAGCAAGUUCAAGAGACUGGAGGACUUCAGAGUGGAUCCUCCAAUGGGAGAGGAGGUAAGUAGAAGGAGAUGCCACUCCUCCUCCUCUUCAGCAGCAGAGGAAGGGGGGCGCUGGAGACACCCGGCCAACACCUCAUCCAGGCCAGUGACAGCUGCCUCACAGAACACAGGGCCCAAAGAGAAAACUUCUGCUGGGAAGCCCACUGAUAACACUGCCAAGGACACUGACACUGCUGAGAAAUAAAGACUUCAGCGCUUCAGCGCUGCCUUUUUAUAUACCAUGUAAAGCUCAAAGACCUGGUGAGGGUGCUAAAACAAACAAAAGAAAAACAAACUAUUUUAAGUUCAUCUUGUAAUCUUACAGGAAACAUUUUGAAGGUCUUUAUUCUUAUUUUUUUUUGCCCUAUUGUGCAUUGCCCGUGAACCUCAUCUGAUUUUGAUUCAUAGGAAUUUAGAAAUGAAUGAUCAAGGGUCUUCAUGAUCUUAUUGAGCUAAAAGUUUACAAAAAAAAACUGCAUUCCUGCUGUAUGCAAAAUGAGAAAACAAUUUGGGAUGCCUUACAUUUCAAUGAGGAAUUCUUCUUAAAGAAGACAAUGUAUUUGUAGUUCUGUUACCAUAUUAGAGCUUUUGCAUUCAACCUUUCCUGAUAUAAAAAGUAAAAACUGACGAUUCAGUAAAAAUGUAGGUAUUUAAAGGCAGAGGGAGCAGGGGGAUUAAGUGCUAAUUGAUUUCUCUAAAUUCUAUUGCAUAGUUCACAGGUGUUAAGAUGGUUUUGUGAUGUACUGGGUAUGAAGUGUACUAAUGUUGACACUGGUUGCCUUUGACAACUUGAGAGUUUCUGUUAUUGAAGGUUCAGUCAAAUGGUUAUUUGAGCUUGAGGAAGGAAUGUCAAAAUGACGAGGAAUGUACGUCAGUAAUAACUAACCUGUUUUCUAAUUCAGUCUUGCACUGCUACUUAAUAUACUACACAGCGAGCUGAAUUUGCACUGAAGCAUGUGGCUUAGAAUUGUCUGAAUUAUCCUUAUUUCAAGACCUUAGUUAUACCUUAAUUUUAUGCUCUAGAGUUUCUCUUCAAAGACAUAGAAUUGAUUUUUAAUUAUUUUAAAAGUAUUUUAUUGUUGUAAAUUGAUUUAGUAGGGUUUUAUUUUCAUUUUUUGUGGGUAAUUACUUUAAAAAGUGCUUAUUUUUUGCUGAAAUUAUUUAUUUAAUAUUUAAAUUUUAUUUUUAAUUUGUAUUAAUUUAGGAUGAAUUUGGAAUGAAGUCACUAUUUAAAAUAACAUUUACUGGAGGCUGCUUUUGUAGAAUGUUUCAGUCUUCCUGGCUAUUCACUGGGAGACUGGAAAACUAUUCUUUUUCUAUCUGUAUACGACACAUCCCAGAUAACUAUAUCCAUCUGCAAAGGAUUUCAUCUACUCAUCAUUACAUAUCAGCCUAAUGUAUAACCUAAGCUUCCCUCUGAAAGGCUCAGUUGUAAAAUAUUUUGCUUGAAGAUUGUAUAUACCACUAAUCAGUAUUUACUCAACUGUUUUUUUUCCCUCUUAAUUAAAUGUGUGCACAUUUAGAUUUAGUGUGUGAAAUUUGUGGUCAUUUUUUUUCCCCCAAUUAUAUAAAAAUGUCUAUAAAAACAACAAAAUGAAUUGUAAAAAGCCA